GCUUUUUGACGACCUCUACUGCUGGGAAUACUGCUAAACUAAUGCUUACGAAACAGAAGACUUGUUUCCUGGGAUUUUAUUAAUACAGAUGUUGUUGUCAUGGAGAUCCCUGCCUCCAUGUGUGGCAGUGGGAAGGCGUACUUCUUCAGUACAAGCUGGUGUACAAAGAUAUGUUCCUGCAAGUGACUCAAUUGACUCCUGUGCUUUGGAACAGCUACAGGCCUUUGUGUCACAAGCUUCACGUUUAUUUGUAAUCAGUGGUGCUGGAAUCUCCACUGAAUCUGGCAUCCCAGACUAUAGAUCAGAGGGUGUGGGACUGUACGCACGGACCGACAGGCGGCCUAUGCAGCACUCAGAGUUUGUGCGGAGUGCAAAAUCGAGGCAGCGAUACUGGGCGCGGAACUAUAUGGGGUGGCCCCAGUUCUCUUCACACUUCCCUAAUUCAGCUCAUUUGGCCUUAAAAGACUGGGAAGACAAGGGUAAACUGCACUGGCUUGUCACUCAGAAUGUAGAUUCCUUACAUUCAAAGGCUGGACAUCAGAGACUAACUGAACUUCAUGGAUGCGCACACAAGGUCGUGUGUUUGGGCUGUGGGCAUCUGACUCCACGAGCAGAGCUUCAGAAGCGUUUUGCAGCACUAAACCCAAGCUGGGCAGCAAGUGCGGGUGCUGUGGCCCCAGAUGGAGAUGUAUUUCUGGAAGACGAGCAGGUGCUGAACUUCAGAGUACCUGGAUGUGAUGCAUGUGGGGGUAUCCUCAAACCUGAGGUGACAUUCUUUGGUGAUGUAGUAAACCAGACUACAGUUAAAUUUGUGCAUAACAAGCUGGCAGAGUCGGAUGCUGUGCUUGUGGCUGGAUCCUCUCUUCAGGUUUAUUCUGGGUACCGCUUUCUCCUUGCUGCCAGUGAAAGGAAACUUCCAAUAGCCAUUGUGAACAUCGGAUCUACAAGGGCUGAUCACCUUGCUGAGGUCAGGUUGAGUGCUCGCUGUGGAGAAGUGCUGCCAGCUAUUCAACUGACCUGAGAGAGAAACAGACUGUUCUUUACCUUCAGAUUACUCUCAACCUCAGCACUUCAUACACUACGUGGAAAUCAGUUUUGGUUUGUAUCAUGGCUGCUUGCAUAAUACAUCUGAAAUCUACCUUACUGUGGACAGAAAUGGCUGAAGUACUUUAACAUUUCUGGUUAGAGUUGUAUGUGCAUUGUGUAAAGCAUAUUUUAAUGUAUUGCCUGUAGUUACUGUAUAAUUUAACAUAAAAUUAUGUAAAUUCAAACAUAUCUUCAAGAUCUUUAUCUUGUAGAAUCUACUUUUUGAAUUGUGAUUACUGUAAAGCAAGUCACCAAGCCCCUCAAGAAUGAAUCUGAAAAACUUGAAUGAUAAUCAUGAAAUCCUAAAUGAGGAGGAUGAAUUAUAACUGUAUUUUUAUUUAAAUAGUAAUGGUGGUUUUAUCACUAUUUAAAUCUGUGUAUUUUUGAAUAUUAGUAAUGAUUGUUAAUUUUACUUGUUAAUAACCUUUUGUUCUGCCAAACAAAUAAAGGAAUUGAACUUU